AUGACAGAUGGACUUGAUGAUGAAAAAAAUAAUGUUUCUGAAACUGAUCCAGCUAAAUGGACUUUAAAUGUUAACACAAUCAAUUAUUUGGUUCCCAAUAAAGUUUCAUGUCAUUUAGACAGUAUUGAGUUCAAAUUGACUGGACGUAUGAUUGUUACACUAGUCUUGCCUUUAGAAGUGAUGAUCAAAUUCUAGGUUCUUGUCAUAAUAAAAAUUAUUUAGGAUUUCUUGAAUUACUCGUUAAAUUUGAUCCAUUCCUUUCUACAUAUAUUAAUAAGUAUGCAAAUAAAGACAAAGGAAAUGUAUCAUAUUUGUCGAAUACAAUUUGUUAUGAGUUAAUCUUUUCCAUGAAUAAAACUAUUUUAGAUAAAAUAGUUCAAGAAAUUAAAAUUGCCAAGUAUUUCUCUAUUAUAGUUGGCUAUACAUCAGAUAUGUCAAAAAUUGAUCAACUAACGGUUGCAUUAAGAUUUACAAUGCCUGAUGGUUCACCUAUUGAACUUUUUUGGGAUUUUUACCUUCUGUUGGUCAUAAAGCAGGAGAAAUGGAGUGUGCUGUACUAG